AUGGGGAGCUGCGCUGGGAAGAGCGGCUGGGCUGAGAGGCGGCCAGUGCUCUUUCCGUUCCUGCUGUCUUUGUUCUGCCUGGCGCUCUCUGACCAAAUCCACUACAGGAUUCCUGAGGAGAUGCCCGAGGGCUCGGUGGUGGGGAAUCUCGCCAAGGACCUGAGACUCAGUGUCCACGAGUUACCGACUCGAAAACUGCGCGUCAGUUCGGAGAAGCCUUACUUCACUGUGAGCGCGGAGAGCGGGGAGUUACUUGUGAGCAGCAGGCUAGACCGGGAGCAGAUAUGCGGGAAGAAGUCAGCUUGUGCUCUGGAAUUUGAGGUUGUUGCUGAAAAUCCAUUGAACUUUUAUCACGUGAAUGUAGAGAUCGAGGAUGUCAAUGACCACACGCCAAAAUUCUCGCAAAAUUCCUUUGAGCUACAAAUAAGUGAGUCCACAAAGUCCGGGGCACGAUUUAUUUUAGGAUCUGCCCAUGAUACAGAUAUUGGUACCAAUUCCCUACAGAAUUACCAGCUUAGUGCUGAUGAUCAUUUCUCACUUGUGAUUAAAGAGAAGUUGGAUGGCAGUAAAUACCCUGAGCUGGUACUAAUGACACCUUUAGACAGGGAAGAACAGAAGUCCUACCACUUGACCUUGACGGCCUUGGACUUCGGGGAUCCACCCCUGAGCAGUACUGCACAGAUACAAGUCCUGGUAACUGAUGCCAACGAUAACCCUCCAGUGUUCAGCCAAGAACUAUACAGGGUGGAGCUUCCAGAAAACGUGCUUCCAGGCACCACUGUGCUUAGAGUAAUGGCCACUGACCAAGAUGACGGUGUCAAUGCCGAGAUCACUUUCUCUUUCACUGAAGCAGGCCAGGUUACCCAGUUUGACCUGAAUUCUAAUACUGGGGAAAUUAUUAUUCUAAAUACGUUAGAUUUUGAGGAAGUAAAAGAAUAUUCCAUAGUUUUGGAAGCAAAGGAUGGUGGAGGAAUGAUUGCCCAGUGUACAGUGGAGAUAGAAGUCCUAGACAUAAAUGACAAUGCCCCAGAAGUGAUAUUCCAAUCUCUACCGGAUUUUAUUAUGGAGGACACCAAGCUGGGAACACACAUUGCUUUGCUCAAAAUCCGAGACAAGGAUUCCGGACACAAUGGAGAGGUUAUUUGUAAAUUAGAAGGCGAUGUUCCAUUUAAAAUACUGGCUUCUUCAAGAAACACAUAUAAAUUAGUUACAGAUGGAGCUCUAGACCGCGAACGGACCCCUGGGUAUAACAUCACCAUCACAGCCACUGACAAAGGCAAGCCACCCCUCUCCUCCAGCUCGAGCAUCACGCUGCACAUCGGUGAUGUAAAUGACAACAUGCCAGUUUUUGAACGGGCUUCCUAUGUGGUCCAUGUAGCAGAGAACAACCCUCCUGGUGCCUCCAUCACUCAAGUAAGCGCCUCUGACCCUGACCUAGGGCCCAACGGCCACGUCUCCUACUCCAUCGUGGCCAGCGACCUGCAGCCGCGCGCGCUGUCGUCCUACGUGUCCGUGAACCCGCAGAGCGGCGUGGUAUUCGCGCAGCGCGCCUUCGACCACGAGCAGCUGCGCGCCUUCGAGCUGACGCUGCAGGCCCGCGACCACGGCUCGCCCGCGCUCAGCUCCAACGUGAGCCUGCGCGUGCUGGUGGGUGACCGCAACGACAACGCGCCCAGGGUGCUGUACCCGGCGCUGGGGCCCGACGGCUCGGCACUCUUCGACACGGUGCCGCGCGCCGCGCAGCCCGGCUACCUGGUCACCAAGGUGGUGGCAGUGGACGCCGAUUCUGGACACAACGCCUGGCUGUCCUACCACGUGCUGCAGGCCAGCGAGCCCGGACUAUUCAGCGUGGGGCUGCGCACGGGCGAGGUGCGCACGGCGAGGGCCUUGGGCGACAGGGACGCGGCCCGCCAGCGCCUGCUGGUCGCUGUGCGCGAUGGGGGACAGCCGCCCCUCUCGGCCACCGCCACGCUGCUCCUGGUUUUCGCCGACAGCCUGCAGGAGGCGCUGCCGGACCUCAGUGACCGGCCCGUGCCGUCUGACCCCCAGGCCGAGCUGCAGUUUUACCUGGUGGUGGCCUUGGCCUUGAUCUCGGUGCUCUUCCUCUUGACGGUGAUUCUAGCUGUCGCCCUGCACCUGCGACGCUCCUCCAGCCCUGCUGCUUGGGGCUGCUUUAAGCCUGGUCUCUGUAUCAAGUCUGAACCUGGGGUUCUCCCCAACUACAGUGAAGGAACUUUACCUUAUUCGUACAAUCUGUGCGUUGCCCAUACUGGAAAGACAGAGUUUAAUUUUCUAAAAUGUAGUGAGCAGUUGAGUUCAGGACAAGAUAUACUUUGUGGUGAUUCAUCUGGAGCCUUAUAUCCCUUUUGUAAUUCCAACGAGUCGACUUCUCAUCAGGUGAGUUUCCUGUAA